AUUUAUACUAUUAUAUACGUGAGUUUCAAGAUGCACUUGUUUUUACCAAUUAUUAUUGUGGUAUGCACCUUGAUAAAUAUAGUGACCUGCGCAGAACAAACAAAAGUGAUUAUUGUUGGAUCAGGACCAGCUGGUAUUGCCGCUGCUAGCAAAUUGUUGGAAAAUGGAAUCGAAGAUAUUUUAAUAUUAGAAGCCGAAAAUCGGGUGGGUGGAAGGAUCGACACAGAGAAAUGGAAUGGUAGAAAUAUUGACUUGGGUGCCGAAUGGUGCCAUGGCGAAAAAAAUAAUAGUGUCUGGGAAAUAUUGGAACAGAAAGGGCUGCUGAAUCUAUUAGAACGCGAAGAUCUGUCUGGUGACAUGUUUUUGUCUUCUCGGAAAAAUAUAAGCAAGGAAUUUUCAAAUGAACUGUCGGAUCUUGUGUUACUUUACUAUCAAAUUAAUGAAAACGUUACUCAGACAAAUGUUAGUUUGGGAGAGAUCAUGGUUCCAAGCUUUUAUAAAGAAAUUCAAAGAAAAUUUGGAAACGACAAAGAAAAAUAUGAUAUUGCCAAAAGUAUGUUAGAUUGGUUGGAAAAUAUGGUUUUGGGUGUUGAAGGUGCCUUUUCCUGGAAUGAUGCUUCUUAUCUCAGUCAAUAUACAGAUUGUGAAGGAGAUUUACAUUGGGGGUGGGGAAAUCGGGGAUACAAAAUUUUUCUAGAUGUCUUAACAAAAAAGUAUCCCAAUCCUAAAGAGCAGCUUCCCAUCGUUAAUAGAAUUUUGCUGAAUAAAGAAGUCAAACAGAUUAUAACAAAUGAUAGUGGGAACAAACUUAUAUGCACCGAUGGCACAUCGUAUGAAGCAAAACAUGUUAUAUUCACACCUUCCUUGGGAGUACUAAAACACGAUGCUAAGUCUAUAUUUACUCCGAAGCUAGCAGACGAAAAAUUAGAAGCCAUUGACAAAAUUGGAUUUGGUGCUCUGAUUAAGGUAUUUGUUAAAUAUGAUAGGAUUUGGUGGGGAAAUGCAACUGGAAUGAAUUUAAUUUGGACCGAAGAAGAUAGGAAAGCUGCAACAGAGACAUUUUCACAGCAGCCUCGAAAUUCUAAAUCUCAAUCUUGGGUCGUAGAAAUGCACAACGUCUUUGUGCUACCUCAUUCAAGCAUUUUACUGGUAUGGUUCACUGGAGAAUUGGUGCCUACUAUAGAAAAAAUGGACGACGCAACUUUACAAAGAGGGAUCGACUUUACAUUUCUUAAAUUUUUUGGACAUAUAGUCGAUGUUGCUAAAUCACAACAAAUAUUAAAAACAACAUGGUACACAAAUCCGCACUUUAGAGGUACCUAUUCCUUUGCAUCAGUGAACUCGACUGUUCAUGAUGUCGAAAUUCUUCAACAGCCUAUCACUAAUUCUGUGGGUGUGCCAACAUUACAAUUUGCUGGAGAAGCAACUCAUCGAAUAUAUCACUCCACUGUCCAUGGAGCUGUAGAAAGCGGAUUUAGGGAAGCUAAUAGAAUAAUUCAGCAUUAUAAGAAAUCUUAGUGUUUUUAGGUGAAAUAUUUCGAACUGAUUAAUAAAUUAAAAAAAUGUUUUAACGUU